CCGGCGUGCACCGCGGUGCGCGCAGCCGGCCACUGGGGGUCGGCGCGGACGCCGGGAGGGGCGGCGGCGGGGCGGCGGGGAGCUCCGCGGGUGCUGGCGGCCGGAGGCGAAGAGGCGGGGUCGACAUGGAGGUGUUCCUUUUAAAUAUGGUGUUCUUUGUGACCUGAGUGCCAUUGUGGUCAUUUGGGCAAGGCAGCACUUCUGUGAAGUCCCGGCUAUUUGUUGAAUGACUAGUAGCAUUUGGAAGGAUGCCAAUGCUGCGCUGCUUAGUAACUACGAGGUGUUCCAGUUACUAACUGAUCUGAAAGAGCAGCGUAAAGAAAGUGGAAAGAAUAAACACAGUUCUGGGCAACAGAACUUGAAUACUAUCACAUAUGAAACAUUAAAAUACAUAUCAAAAACACCAUGCAGGCAUCAGAGUCCUGAGAUUGUGAGAGAAUUUCUCACAGCAAUGAAAAGCCACAAGUUGACCAAAACCUGCCCUCCUCAGGCCGCAAUUGCUUUUUCACUUCUGUCCUGUCAAGAGGUCAUUUCUGUCCACGACACUGAGCUGAACCAGAUCCACAACCGCUGUGAACAGCAAAGAGCUGAAAAGCUGCAGCUGCUGAAUCACAGGCCAGUGACUGCUGUUGAGAUCCAGCUGAUGGUGGAGGAGAGUGAAGAACGGCUGACAGAGGAGCAGAUUGAAGCUCUGCUCCACACCGUCACAAGCAUCCUCCCUGCGGGGCCAGAGGCUGAGCAGAAGCAAAAUACCAAUGAUGACGUGACGAUGGACGAAGAGGACCCAGCAUAGAAGAGCACAACUGGCCCAAGUGUCUCUCGGAAAGUUAAAAGGCUCAGCAGACAUUCAGAGGAUUGUUUACUUGAUUUUACCUUCUAUCCCAACAGGCCUAAUUUCCUGGUUAGUUGCGUAAACCACAAAAACAAGCCUCUCUCAAAAAUAAGCUAAAAAGAAAUCCUUGUGCCUCUGGGAGAAGAAACAUGGUGGACAGGCUGAGGUUGUCAGGGCCGAGAGCUAAAGAGAGGAGGAGUGGGUCCAAGAGAACAAUGACUGUGGAACCCUCUGUGGUAAAAAUAUUUCUUCUGUGGCCUUUGCCGCAAUUGUGGGAAGGUCCCUGUACACAGCUGGUAAAAUACUUGCAUUGGCUUUGAUGGGCUAUGUCCUAAUUAAUUUCAUCUGCUUCCCUAGGAGCUUCCUGAGCAGGGAUGCAGAGCACUAGUGGGAUGAGCGCAGAGUUAUGAGAAUCCUUUUAGAUGGCUGAAACCUCCCAAAGCGGCAAGUAGUUGCUUUAAGUUUAAAUGACCCACUGAACUUGGCUCACCUUAGAGGAAUCUUUUCUUUGAGAAUAGCAGAGAUGAGAAAAGAACAGCCUGGACAACUCUUCAUCAAGUCUAAAGGCCCCUUUCCUCUGCUGGCUUUGUUUACCGGCUUACUAGUUAGUCUUAAAUGUUAGGGCACCAGCUCACUCCAGUUGAAAAGAGACACUUCAGACUGAAUGACUGUGUCGCUGCCUUUCUGAACACCUUCAGGUUCCUGCCCUGUGACAGGUGCUGCCUGUUGAAGCCAGGUGAGCUUCCUUUGCACAGCGGCAAAUUGCAUCUUUUAAAAAGGGCACAAUUAUGUAGCUCUUUUUGUGGAUGGAGUAUGAAGAACCAGAGGUUGAUUACUAAGAAUUUGAAUUUGUUGGCUCUUGCAUCAGUUUUUGAAUUUAAAAUAUUAGAAUAAUUACCAUGUGAAGAACUUGUUAAUAUUCAGGCUUUGGAGAGUUCAGUAGCCCCGAGCGUGGUUGCCUUAGAUCCUAGGCAUAUUGUUAAAAAUUAGUUUUCCACAUUCACUCUGCUCCCUAUUUGGGGAAGAAAAUGCCCAUAGACAUUAGUGUUUCAAAUUGAUACUCGUGUUGUAAAAUCACAUAUUUUCAGUGCUUCUGUUAAUUGGAUUCUUUCCAUCCCUUGCAAUUCCCAGGUUAUUUCAGCCUCCCCACUACCCCUGCCAAUAGACAGUUAUGUUCAUCUUAACCUUAUCAUCUAAGGAUCAGUUGAGAUCGGCUAACAGGCAGUAUUGAAAUUAACAGGGCAUUUAUUUUUAAAUCUCUCUUGAGUAUCGGGAAUUUUACCAGGAGCUCUUGAUUUGUCAGGGUAUACAUGUGCUUAUGUCACUGUUGUUUCAUUUUGACCUUGAGUGUUUUCAGUGCUUUUUCUUCAUGGAUUUAGGGCUUAAUUAGUUAAUAAUAAAUCAUUUCCAGGUACUGCCAACUUGUGCUAUUUUUAUAAAUCUUUGAAGAGUUUGUUUUACUGUGGCUAGAAAGAAAUAAAAUCUGACUUAAAAGCUAACAUAUAUCUAAUUUUAUUUUAAUUUUUUUCUUAAGUUGAAUCUAUGUAGGUCUAAAUUUUGUGUUGGAUUUCAAGAAAAUUUCAAGUUUCUUUAUUUGGGACCUGAAUUUAGCCUCUGAUGAAGUUUCUGAUUAAGUCAGACAGGCUGUAGAAGACUUAACCUUUAUAAGAAAUAUGGUCUGUGUAAUAUUCCCAUGGCAUUAAUAAUCAACAUUUCAGAAAUAAAAAGUUGUAAUUUACACAAGAAACAACCAGGAAGAAAUCUGGAAAGGAGAGCUGGGAGUCUUUGAGACUUGCUUCUCAUUUUAUAUCCUUCUGU